CUUGUGACAAAUUUGCGCUGAAUAAAUCCAGUUAAAAAAGUUAAGUUGACGGAGGGCAUAAUGAAAGAAUAUGCAGUGGAACGUAUUGAAAAAAAGCGAGUAAUCAAUGGUAUUACUGAGUAUUUUCUAAAGUGGAAGGGAUACCCUCGCUCCAAAAACACAUGGGAGCCCAUUGAUAAUCUAUUUUGCAAAGAUUUAGUCGCCGAAUUCGAGAAGUCGGAGAAAAACAAAGCGCAAUCUAACAACAACAGGCGCAAAAUUGUAUCUUCUGAAGGCGAUUCCAAGGCAGUUAUUCGAUUAAAAAAACUGGCUAACGAAAAGAAUAAGAAAUUUGGAUUUGAUCGUGGCUUGGAGGCUUUGAAAAUUAUUGGCGCAACCGAUUCGUCCGGAGUGCUAAUGUUUCUAAUGUCUUGGAAAAAUUCGGAUAAACUUGAACUGGUGCCGGCAACGUUGGCCAAUUUAAUGUGUCCCCAAAUAGUUAUUGACUUCUAUGAGGAGCGCCUUACUUGGGCUCCACACAUCGGUAAUGUGAAAAUUAAAAACUCACGUCGUCUUGCGAAAAAGGAAAAUGCAUACUAAUACAUAUGCAGGACAACUGUAAACAGUAUGCAUAUAUGCAUAUGGACAUUCGUCUCAUUCGAAGAUUAAUUCUAUUCUUACCUUUAUGUAAAUAUUUGACAACAUUGUAUAAGAUUUAAUUGUACAUAUAUUAAAACGAGAAACUU